AUGCAGUUGUUGGAGGAGAUGAUCCCGUUUGUCAAGGAGAUGCGGCACCAGAGUGCCGGACGGGGUCUGCUGAAGAUCUACAUGCUGGGCUCCGCUCUGGUGGCGCUGGGAGUGCUGGGAGGACUGCUGGAGAUGGCCUUCCUGCCAUUCUCGGAGCAGCAGGGCACUGGAGAAGACGGUGCGGCGGAAGUGCUCGCAAAGGCCAAGAAACAAGUGUGCCCCAGGUCCCACACUGCACUGCUUUGCAGUCCAAACCUCUGGCAAUGGUCACUCUGAGAAACUCGGCCAACUGCCUGCCCGCCUCCUGGGAAAUGGACCUCUGUCCGGCUCGUGGCCCUCAGCCUGCUUGAUCACCAAAUAAAGUCGUUUUUGUGUGUUUUGUCA